AUGCCCCUGGCGCCGGGGCGCGCCAGGGUGCUCGGCUGGGGUGCUUGCUGCGAGGCUGCGGCCGCUCGGCAUCCGCCCGGUGACGCCCAGGCCAAGACCAUCCAAGCCAUGCAGAAGCAGUUGGACGCCCUGCUCAAGGACAAGGAGAAGGACAACAAGCAGCAAGUUCAGUCUGCCCCUCCAGGCAGUGGCGGCGGCAGCGGCAACGGUGGCCCGUCCUUCAAGGAGGUCAUCAACUUCCUGCAGGCCAAGGGCAUCCAGGGCGAGCUGGUGGCCUCUGUCACAGCUGCGCAGCAGCGUGAAGUCGCCGAGCACCCGCCCUCCGUGGUCACGGCUCGCUGGCGGGUCGAGAACCUGCGGAAGAAGAACGAGAAGCUCGAGCAGCAGCUACGCAAGCUUCAAGAGCGUCGAGCUGCCCUCGAUGAGGAAGAGGCAGCCAUCAAGGCCUCUGUGGAGUCGCUUCGCCGAGACCUGUCACAAGCUGAAGGUGUCUAUGCCAAGGUGUCGGCCACUGACCUCGGGGACUUGGUCAAGAUCACCGGGGCCGCCUUGGACGAGUCGCUCCACGAAGACGCCGAGGUCAGGGCAGCCCUGGCCGUGCUGGACAAGCGCCAGAAGGAAGCGGUGGCCGCUCGAGGCUUUGACGACCUCGAGCGCUUCUGGGACCACAACGUCGUGGACGUGGACUGGUCGGAGGAGAUCGGCUUCGCGGUGCCGUCGCUGCUCCCGCGGCCUGUGCAGCGGCCCUUCGGCGUCAUCGGUAUUGCAGGCUCCUGCGGGGGCUCCCCAACUGGCCCGCUCCUCGGGGUUGGGGACACGGGCAGCUCAGAGGGCGUCCCCAUCUUCGGCAGCGGGGUCGGCUUCUUCGGCUGCGACGGCUUGUUCUUCGCGUGGUUGAAGUCCCCCGACAAGAUCAUUUCGGCCCAGAGUUGGGCCCGCAGGAAUGGGUACCAGGUGUCCCUCGGGAAGGCCCUCAGCACUGGCGACGGGCCCCUGCAAAGCUCUGGAGGAGUCGGUAUUUUGGUCGCUGGGGAGAUUGCUUCGAGGCCCUUGGAUCUUCCAGGAUUGGGCAGGUUCGACGGGAGGAUCGUAGGUCGGGUCAUCAAUGCGGGGUUCGACCAGGGCCUUGAGAUCUACAGUGUCUAUCUCGUCAACGACAUAGGAGCGCCGCUUUUUCCCCAUUGCCCUGUGCUGCUUCGGUUGGGGAACCUCUGCCAGACGGCUGUGGUCCAGCAGCAGACGCGUUUCAAGCCGUUCAGCACCGCGCUCAUGGGGCCGCUGCCGCAGGAAAGGGACAUCCAAUGGAGCGACCCUCUAGACUCAGAUUUGGACUCGCUAGCUCGGGAGUGGUUCGGGGAAGCCGAAGCUCGCCUGGUUGAAAUUCAUGGGAUAAGUGAUCUGAAAGGGUACGUUGGUCGCUCCGCUGGGCCCCAGUCUCGGAAAGUUCCCUUAGCUGCGCUGCUAGAGCGAGAUCACCGUCGGCGUUUUUCGAAGCAGACUGUCUGCUGGAUCUCGUUCGAGGCCCUGCUCAAGAAGGCAAAAGCUAUCAGUGCUGGGAACCCAGGCGCCAAGGGGAGAGCUCUUUUGGGAUCCUGGAAGCUUAAGCUGUUCGACAUUUUAGAGGACCUCCAGCUGACUGAAGAGGGGCCCACCAAGGCCCAGCUGCACACCAUCGUUAUGGCGGCAUCGGGUGAAGGACCUUGGAACGACGACGUCAAUGGGGCCAUCUGCAAAGAGUGCACUCGUCGCCAGAGGCUGGACGCGGCUUCGCUGCUGGCAAAGUGGAAGGAAUGGGCCAAGAGUGCCGUCUCAGGAGGUGGUAAAGCGGCUCAUGCCUUCUCCAAGCAACAGGUCUCGAGUGUUUUUUUUCGCGAGGUAUGUCAGAUGAUCCUCGGCUUCCAGUGGCUGGUCAGGCCGCAGUGCAAGAGCUUGUCGAUGUGUGGCAUCCGAUGUGGUUUCGAGCUGGCCGCGGGCCCGCACCGAGCUCCUGGGAAGUUCCUGCCGACGAGCCUGCCCUUUCCCCGCUCAGCGGUGGCCAGCCGCUGCGCCGGUGGCGCGCUGCGCGGCGCGCCCGCGAGGGAGGCGCUGGCGGUGCGUUGGGCCUUCGGGCUGCUGGGGCGCAGGUGCCUCGAGAUCGCCGAGGUCCCUGAGAUCGAGCCCCGGGCCGUGCACCGCCCGCUCGCAGUGGGCAAGGAAGUACUUUGUACCAGCCAUAAAGACAAGGAUGCCACCGACGAGACAGACCGACAUGGGAUUGUAGAUACCUUCGCGGACUUCUACGAAGUUGUGUACCGGCACCUUGCAGAGACGGUCCCCAGCGUCGCGCUGGACCUCGGCGACAUCCUGGUGGUCCAGAAGCCGCCGGGCUGGGAGGCGGAGCGCACCGGCGCGGACGGCGCGGCGGUGGUCGACCUGGGCCUGGCGAGGCAGAUCCCGGACUUCCUGCGCUCGCUGGAGGGGCCGCGGCGGCGCCACCCCAUCUCCAGUGACCCGGACCACCACUUCGGCCUCCUGCACCGGCUGGACGUGCCCAGCAGCGGCCUGCUGCUGGCCGCCCGCAGCUACGAGGCGUACUACGUCCUGGCCGCGCAGCUGGCCUCGGGGCGCCUGGCUAGGGACUACCUCGUGCUCUGCCACGGCCGGGCGCCGCCCGGGCGCGUGGCGGUCUGGGCGGCGGUGGAGUGGGAGCGAGGCCACCCGACCGUGAGCGACGGGAAGUACACUUCCCCUGGCACCUUCCAGGCGGACCUCGCGUGGUGCCCGCGCAACUUCCUGCACCGCUGCCGCCUCGUCUUCGGCGACACCUCCGGGACCGCGCGCGAGGCCGUGGAGCCUCUGCCCGCCGACCUGCGGGGCGCCCUGGCGGCCUGCAGCUUCCAGGACUCCGCGUCGGCGGCCGCCGUGCGGCGCUUGCUGCAGGGCGGCGUGCCGGCCGGCUGGCCCGACGAGGAGUAG